GCUUCCGGGACGACGCCGUGGGACUCUUUUGGCGCCGGCAGCGGCGCGAGUGAGGACGGCGGCCCGGAGGGCGCGGCCCAGCGCUCCGCGUUCUGGGUCCCAGCGGCGCCAUGCGCUAUAACGAGAAGGAGCUGCAGGCGCUGUCCCGGCAGCCGGCCGAGAUGGCAGCUGAGCUGGGCAUGCGGGGCCCCAAGAAGGGCAGCGUGGUGAAACGGCGGCUGGUGAAGCUGGUGGUCAACUUCCUCUUCUACUUCCGGACGGACGAGGCGGAGCCCGUCGGAGCCCUGCUGCUGGAGCACUGCAGAGUCACUCAGGAAGAGCCCAGCGGCUUCUCCAUCAGCUUUCUAGAGGACCCAGAGAGAAAGUAUCACUUUGAGUGUUGCAGUGAGGAGCAGUGUCAGGAGUGGAUGGCUGCUCUGCGUCGAGCCAGUUACGAGUUCAUGCGGAGGAGCCUCAUCUUCUACCGGAAUGAGAUCCAGAAGAUGACUGGCAAGGAUCCCCUGGAGCAGUUCGGCAUAUCAGAGGAGGCCAGGUUCCAGCUGAGCGGCCUGAAGGCAUGAGUCUGGGUGUGGGGCUCCUCAACUUUCCUGCUGGGGGCUGGAUGAACCCUCCCUGGGUCCCCGGUUUCUUGGCCAAGCCUGGAUUUGUCGUGGGAGGUGUCUUGGUUUACAGAUUUUAAAAGCCCCAGGAUCCGCAGGGCCUGCCUUUUUGAAGAAACAAUCCAGCAAGCCCCUACUGGAUGCACUGGGACCCACUGGACUGUGGCACCUCAGUGCCACAUGCUGCUGCCAGGGGACAGGUGUCCUCUCCCAGGAGCUGUGCCCAGCCCCUUGGGUGCGUCCAUCCAGGCCUGGCAGGUGCCUGAGGCUGGUGCAACUCUCCUGCCCCGUGCAGGCUGAAUGUACAACAUUAGGUGAUGCUGUGAAGGGCGUGGGCCCAUGCUGGGGCUGCUGUGAAUUCUCCUGCUGAAGGGGCAGGCCCCGGCCGGACGCCUCUGGGCAGAGCUGGAAGGUGCGCCUUUCGGGUGGCCAGUUUGUUCUGUUCAAAUAAAGGUACCUCUUUUUCACACGGGA